GCGGAAAUUGGGUGUACUUUGUGUAAUGGUUAUUUUGUUCCCUCAAGGUGAUUAGGAAAAAGUAAAAUGACAAGCUCGGUGUGGCGCACACUGAGCAGGAAUAAGACCUUGCGAUACGGAGCGCCGAUGUUGCUGCUGAUUGUAGGUGGAUCUUUUGGUCUCCGUGAAUUCACUCAAAUCCGGUAUGAUGCUCAAAAAUUGAAGAGAAAGAUUGACCCAGCCUUGGAAGAAUUAAUAAGCAAGAAAAAUGUGAGCUUGGAAUCUGAGUUUGAGAAAGUUAAGAGCUCCAAUUUGGAUGACUGGAGAAACAUCAGAGGUCCUCGGCCAUGGGAAGAUUCUAAACCCUUCCAGGAUCAGCAGCGAGCAUCUGCUAUCUCAAAAGAUAACACUACCAAAGUAUAGUGUGUAAUUAUUUUUAUAUGACUGGCAAAGGGACAUGAAAAUCUCUGACAUAAUCAGUCUCCAUUCAUCCAGGCAUAAUAAUUUCACGGACCACAUUGCUUAACAAACCACUGAUAUCUUCAGUGUCUCCACUUGCAUCAGUGACCCCGGUAUCUUUCAGAACAUUGUCUCACCAGGAGGACUUUGAUGAAGCAUAAACCCUGGCUGUGGUUUUGUGAUUGAUUUCUGAAAUAAGUGAAUGUUUAUUUAAAUGCUUUUUAUUCUCUUUUAGAACUGCUAUUUGUAAGGAAUGACAUAUACCCUAAGAAUAAAUUAUACCCAUUGUUCCAUAUAUUCAGCUUUAUUUUUAUUUUUUACAGAAUAUGGUCUGAGAAAAAAAUAUUUAUAUAACAAAAUAAAUGAUUUCAAACCUA